UGUGACCUAAGGAAAUAAACAGGGAGCAGUGUGUGUGUGUGUGUGUGCGCGCACAUACAUAUAUGUGUACUUGUGGGUGCGUCUUUGAGCACUUCACCAUGAGCGCACUCUAUGGGCACAUCUUCCUGACUGGACUCCUGUUCUACCUGUUCCCAGUCGGCGAAUGCACGCGCGUAGUUUACGGAUAUUUGGGACACAGCGUGACCCUCCCUUGCAGAUACGACGCAGGUUACUACGGCGGGCUGCACAUGUGCUGGGGGCGGGGCUACAUCCCUAACAGCGGCUGUAACAAUGAAAUUAUUUCUACCGACGGCAACAAAGUGACCGGGAGGAAAUUGGACAGAUACAAUUUACUGGGGCGCAUGAAGGCCGGAGACGUGUCUCUGACCAUCAGGAACACCGUAGGAAGCGACGCGGGCAUCUACGGCUGCCGCGUGCAUAUCCCGGGAUGGUUCAACGACCAGAAGGACACGGUCCACCUGAUCCUGACCACCGCACCUACUACAACACAAACACCUGGGACUACAGAGAGAGAGACCACUCCAAGUACAACUACAGCACCUACUACAACACAACCACCUGGGACUACAGAGAGAGAGACCACUCCAAGUACAACUACAGCACCUACCACAACUCAAACACCUGGGACUACAGAGAGAGAGACCACUCCAAGUACAACUACAGCACCUGUUACGACGACGCAGAUACCUGCCACUACUAAUCAGGAGAGGACAAGCAGUCCAACGCAAGGGCCUGUUAUAACGACAGAAGGACCUCUUUCAUCUCCCCUUCCUACUGGCGCCAAAACUACACGGACCACACAAAACACGCCUGUUCCUUCCGAUUGGCCCACUGACGCAGAGGCUAUAGGCAAACUGGCCACUGAUACUUCCACACAAGUUCUGUCACAUGCAGGACAGAGUACUCCUGUGACGACAGAGGCAACUCCAUUAUCCUAUUGGCUGACUAACCCUGGGACCAAACAGAAAGGGACUGAUAACAUUCAUGCACAAGGUGACUGGGAGCAUUUGACAGCGAGGCCUACUUUGGGACAGACAUCUGAGAGCUCCAUCCCAUUGGCUGAGAAGGCACAGAUGCUCAGGCCCCAUCUGCUUUGGAUUUUGGUUCCGGCCCUACCCUUGGUCGCUGUACUGGUGACUGCAAUCGUUUUCCGAAUGCGACAGCAGCAUAAAACAGGCUAUUUUCACGUAGGAAGCACAGGCGAGGUAAGAGGCUGCACGACCCCUGACCCCACCCUGGAGCUGGAAACCAGGAAGCCGGAGAUGAAGGACAUGGUCACCCUGCAGGAAGGAGAGAACGCUGAAAGAUGCCCUUGAUGGGACCAUAUGAGACGUGGAUUUCGAGGGGUUAUUCUUCUGCCCCCGUCCCCAUUUAAUCUACCUUCUGUACCAAAAAACGUAGGACUUACUGGGACAGGCCACGCUUACAUACACUAUGUGACCAAAAGUAUCUGGACACCCCUUGGUCUCUGGGGAUUUUUUUUUUUCACGGUUUGGGCUAGGCCCCUUAGUUCCAGUGAAGGCUAAUCUUAAUGCAGUGACAUUCCAGAGGAUUCUGUGCCUCCAACUUUGUGGGGAGCAGUUUGGGGGAAGAUCCUUUCCUGUUUCAGCAUAACAGUGCCCCUGGGCACACGGCGAGGUCCAUAUAGAAAUGGUUUUGUCGAGAACGGUGUAGAAUAACUUCACUGGCCUGCACAGAGCCGACCUCAGCCGCAUCCAAAACCUCUGGGAUCAGUUGGAAAGCCAACUGUGAGCCAGGCCUAAUCACCCAAUCUGUGCCCAACGUCACUAAUGCUCUUCUGGCUGAACGGAAGUAAAUCCCCGCAGAAAUUCUCCAACAUAUAGUAGAAAGCUUUCACAGACAAGUGGAGGUUGUUACAGCAGCAAAGGGAGGAUCAACAACUCCAUAUUAACGUCCAUCAUUUUGGAUGGGAUGUUGGAUGUCAGGUGUCCACAUACUUUUGGCCACGUAGUGUAUUUGCUGAAGUACACCAUGAGGCACAAAUUCACCACAAGUUCUGAACAGUUCAGCAAACCUAAAGGGGAACUGAUCCCGAUCCCUCAUGCACUCUAACCUGGUUGAGUUUUUUGGCGUAAACGAAACUGCUUCUACGGUAUUUUGCAAUUACAAGCAACUGAAGUACUGAAAUUUGGUUUCAAUUUCACCCAUAAUGCCUCAGCCUUGGACUUAUGUAAUGGUUGGCAUUAGCCCCUAUGUUUGUUAUACAAGUCUACUCACUAAUGAACAGUGAUUAUUUUGAUAUGAUUAUUCAUUCAUGCAAAUGUAAUGUGAUUAUGAUGCAGGGUGCUGAAGCAAAAACAUGGGCUGUACUUACUGUGGCAGAAUAAGUGCAGUCCAUCACACUUUAAGGUCAUGUUCAGUGGUUUGAACAUAAAAUCAGCUGUAAAAGAGUUGAGAAAUGUGCUUCUGAUGUAGAUAAGAGCUUUGAAAACUGCGUUUUCUCUUAAGCAAAAUGAAGAAAUCCCAGUCCUAUUGACCACAUCACAGCAAGACAUUAAUUGUGGUCUUAAUCCCUGCCACAGAUCUCUUAAUGACAUUUUAUAAGCUUUUAUUCCAAUCAAAUGGAAUCACAUAAUUUAUUUACAAUUACAAUGAUUACAUUUCAUUUAAUCAUUUAAUUUAAUCCACACAACCUGUGCGGAAACAUAAAAAUAUGUUGUCCCUGUGAAUCAUUCAGAUUGCAAACGUAGGAUGAUUUUGAUGGCUAAGCAGUUGGUAAAGGGUCUUCUUUUGUAUGCAGACCUUAAAUCUCUAAAAGCCCUAUUAAAACUACUCUAAAAAUGCA